GUAAAUUAUUAUGAGAGAAAGUUUAUGAUAAGUUAUUUUGAGACUGAAGAGGCUUUCUCAUUAUUGCCCUUCAUUCUCAUUAAGAUUUUUGGAGAAGACACCAUUUGGUUCAGCCUUCAUCUUUCCUUCCAUUUUUUCACCUGAGGGUCUGAAUUCUUCUUCAAUAAAUUUGAAGAUGUUCAGAAAGUUGACUUUUUGUAUUUGAUAGCUUCACAGAAAUUGUAACUUUGUUUAUGUUGAACUUUCCUGGGCUUUGAAAUAGGUCGAGGGGUAUCCUCACUCUGGUAAAGCAUGGCUGAAACUUCAUUGAAUUUUGAUACCUUCAAACUGUGCACUCUGGAUUUGCAUUUGCUCUCAAAUAGCCUUUUUGUAGUACGAGCACUCCCUUUGUUAGUAGUAAGAAUAUUUGCAUUGCUAUGCCACUUGUACACAUUAUUUGUAGAUGGAGAUUCAUUGUAGUCUUCUGAGACGGUUCAAUCAGAAUCAUUCCAAAAUUUGUCCGAUGCGGUGUUGGAGUUCAUAAAACUAUU